CCUCAGCCUCCUCCUCUCUCGCCUGCAGCCGAGCGUCCCCUUCCCCCACCGUCGGGUUUCUCCGCGGCUACUGCAGCGGAUUCAGAGCCGAGUAGCUGAGAAGGAGGAGGAGGCUCCCGUCCCUGCGCGCCAUCCACCACCCUCCUGGACACGGACGAGGGAACGAGAGCGUCGCCGCGGUAGCCUCCGGAGAAGACAAGGGCACCGUCGCCUCAGCCGCCGCCGCGGUUUUCGCUUGUCGCAGCUCGCCGGGUCCUCAGUCUUCCACAAUGAACCCUGUUUACAGCCCCGUGCAACCUGGGGCUCCUUAUGGCAACCCUAAGAACAUGGCCUAUACUGGUUACCCCACAGCCUACCCAGCAGCUGCCCCUGCCUACAAUCCCAGCCUGUACCCGACCAAUAGCCCCAGUUAUGCUCCAGAGUUUCAGUUCCUGCAUUCAGCUUAUGCCACUCUGCUGAUGAAACAGGCCUGGCCACAGAGCUCAUCGUCCUGCGGCACUGAAGGCACCUUCCACCUCCCAGUGGACACCGGGACCGAGAACCGAACUUACCAAGCCUCCUCUGCGGCUUUCAGAUAUACUUCAGGGACACCAUACAAGGUCCCACCGACCCAGAGUAAUACUGCUCCACCCCCCUACUCCCCAUCACCCAAUCCCUAUCAGACGGCCAUGUAUCCAAUCAGAAGUGCCUACCCCCAGCAGAAUCUGUAUGCCCAGGGAGCCUACUACACACAGCCCGUGUAUGCCGCCCAGCCCCAUGUCAUCCACCACACUACAGUUGUCCAGCCCAACAGCAUUCCCUCUGCCAUCUACCCAGCUCCUGUUGCUGCCCCCAGAACCAACGGUGUGGCCAUGGGCAUGGUGGCAGGAACCACCAUGGCAAUGUCAGCAGGUACCCUGCUGACCACACCCCAGCACACUGCAAUUGGGGCACACCCUGUCUCCAUGCCCACGUACAGGGCCCAAGGAACCCCUGCAUACAGCUAUGUGCCCCCGCACUGGUAAAGCCUGCAACCUGUCCAAACCUGGAGUCACAUUGUAUGCAACUACUCAAGUCUUACACCGGUGCUGGAGCAGUCCCCUAGCAGCACCACCUCUAUUUGCAAGAAGAGACAACGGAAGUGCAAGGGUCACUUUAUGCAUCUUUAAUGAUUUUUAUUUUUAUUUUUGGUUUUUGUAAAAGCUGCUUUUUCUAAUCUAGGAGCCUCCCCUUCGCGCCUCCCCCUCGUGCCUCCCUCUUAGCCACUGCCCUCCCGACUCUAUCCCUCUUCCUACCUGACCAGGCCCAGUCCUCUCUGCACUUCUUUCCUUCCCUGAGCAUCCUGUCCCUGCAAUCCGUCUAGUAGCAGGCAGAGAGUGAGGUUUAUUGCAAUGGCUCAUCUAAAGGCUAUAUUUCAUUUGGAGAACAUAAUAGAUGUGGCCUUCAGGUCUGGGGUAGGAACUUGGAGCUGUUGAGAAGGCCACAUCUCUGUCAGAUCGUCAUUUUGCUGAAGCAAGAUUACUUCAAAUACAAAGAAAUAUCUUCUAAGAGCCAUUGCAAAAGACCAAGAACAAGCCCACCUGGUUAUGUAGGAAUGUUGUCAGCAGCUUCACGUCCCCAGGCCCAGAACCUGGGAAAGCAGAGAAUUUGGGGAAGGGUGAAGGGAGGGAGGACACUGGGGAAGUAGUGUGGAAAAGGGGCGAGAGGGUGCUCAGCUCUGGUUUGAAAGGUCUCUGGCCAUAUUGCUGGCCUGGACCUUCUGAUUUGCACAGUGAUGUUAGCUGACCUGGCACUUCCUCCAGAGAUGCUAUGACCUCAGACCUGCCAAACACUUGCAUGGUGGUGGGAUCCCAGCAUCCAGAGGCUUCAGAAAGCCAGGUGCCUGCAUAAUCCCACCUUCAGCCUGAACCUCAUGGACCCACUCAAGGGGCUUUCUCCUCAGAGAGUGGCAUUUCUCUCCCUUGCCCUUCUGCCCUUCCCAGUGCCGGGGUGCACAUGUCUGUUCAUGGGGCCGGCAUGCAGGCCAAGCUCUUGGUUACCUUCUGCCACUUCACGGCCAAAGUGAAGGAACCACAUUCCAGGAGGGAGCUGGCAGUUCUGAAGGUCAGGUUAGUGAAGGAAAACAAUAGCAAUAAUCAUUUCAUACUCAUGGAACUGAAGGAACCUUAGCAUUCAUCAUCUCGUCCAUUCCCCUAUUUGACAGAUGAAGAAACUGAGGCCCAGAGAAGCAGAAGGACUUCUCUGAACCUUAUAGUAAAUUAGCAUUAAAUGCAGCCUUCCUACUUACUGGCAUUUUGCCUACAAAAAUUUAGCAAGGGAUGGAUUGGCUUGGCUUUGUAAAAAUUAAGUCAGCAGUGUCCACAUCUGGUGAGCUCUGGCCUCUGGGCUUCUUCCUGCUAUUUUCCCUCAUGCACUCUAAAGGUGAGGGAUUGAAGACUAGGCAGAGGCCACAAAGGGCAAAGGGCAGGAAGAGAAACUGCAUUUGGAAAGCCUGUGACGACAUCUGGAAUGUUUAUCCUGCACCUGACUCCACCUCUAGGAAAAAAAGCAAGUGGGCUGGCCGGAAGGGGCUAUGCACUUAGGAGAGUAGUCCUUUAUCCCAAGAAGAGAAGAAUGGGAACCACCAAAAACGGAAGACCAAGCAGAUACAACCACAUCUGGGAGAAGAAGAGGGACCCCUGAGACAAGGAAGCCCUUCCUAGUCUUAGCCAGGAAAUGGAUUGGCCAGCCACUUUCCUGUGCCCAACUAGCCAAGCCAAUAGCCUCACUGGGUGGAAUAGGAGUAUCUUGUUGUGUAAAAUUGGUUCACUGGUAACACCUGAGACUCAAACUAUUUCAUUUCAAAUUGAUGUGAACUUGAACAUCACCUUCCUCCUAUUUCCCGUGUUCCCUGAAGGAAACAAAAAAAUGGAAGCCCUUGAGCUAGAACGAGCUCAGAAACAGUCUGACUGUUUCCAGGAAUUCGGAGUCCAUCAGCAUCCAUGGCAGAGAGCCAGAAGUUAGGGCUUCUGCCUGCCCGGCCUUCUGGGAGCUUCAGGACCAGGAGAAGACACGGCUGUUCUGGGUACUGACAAGGUUUUCUUUUAAGACAAAGUUUUCCAUUGUUGGUCCGCUUUUUACAAUGCCUCCUUCUACCUUCAUUGGUUUUGUAGAGGUGGAUGAAGGUUGCUAUAGAUUAUGUCUUAAAUGUUUGAAAAAUGCCAGAAUAAUAAUGGUGGUAAUGAUUAUAGAAUACAUGUGUCAGGCGCUUCACAGAUGUUAAAGCAUUUUACGACUGAUGCCCUGGCCAAGGGCAAGCAGCAGGGUCAGCUCUCCCACCUACUUGACAAAUGUGAAAACAGUUCUAGAAGUGAACUGUACGCUGGAAUCCUGGCAGGUUUCCUAGACCCAGUGGCCUUCAGAUGACCUGGUAGAAGAAAAAAAGAGAGAGACCUAGGAAUGGCCUCUUAAUAUUUGUUCUUUACACAUCAGUAAGUAAACACUGUGACCCUCACAGUUCAUGGGGUUUGUCCCUGAGAUGAAGGCAUGAUGCCUGCUGUUUAAUUCAUAGAGAAUCCAAGACUCAGAAAAGUCCCAUGUGUGACUUUCUGGUAAGGAAUCCCCUGCUGGCUGUAGUCUCUCCAAGCCUGAUCCACACAUGGGCUCAUGUUCUGAAGCAUCUAUGCUCUGUACCUCAUAUUAGACCUAGUCUGUGGAUUCAGGAUCAGAAAGACCCCAAGGUGAAAAUCAAGUGUUGACAUGCUGUAGUAUAGAGAAACCAGACCAAUUAACCUUUCUCAGUAAGAGCACAAGAGCCCCAGUUCAGCUGGCCUCUCACUUUUGUUUGACAGAGAUCAACAAGCCUGGCCAAGCUUGAGGAGGGAACCAUGGCAAACAGACUGAACCCCAGAACGCAGUGUGUGUGUACCUUGGGUUAGGUGAACACAGCUCUAGCAAGGGUGCCCUAGGUAUCAUUUGAGGAUUCUGGAUGGCCCCAGUGGUCAAGGUAGAUGAGGCCAAAGCUGUAAAGGGCCCCUUAUCAUAGGACAAGGCACACUGGCAUCACCACACACACACACACACACACACGCACGCACGCAUGCACGCACGCACGCACCUUGUUGACACCCCUCCCUCCCCCAAUACAAAGCUGAGGUAGAGGUGGAUCUGUUCACCAGCCUUCCUUGGUGCCAUUUGAUCAUCUUCAUCGGCCCUGGGCCAGAAAGUUUGGGUCUGAGAAUUGGACUACUCCCAGUGAGUAAAAGCCUGCAAGUCUCUUGCCAUGCUUUCGAAACAACAAGUUCUUCCUAUGAGAUAAAAUUCUUUUUCCUUCUUGAUAUCCUGACAGUGACUCUGACGUGCAUACCCCUCUUCCCUGAAUAUUCAUCAGGGACACACAAUCUAUCUGUCCAGACCUCUUUUUGUACAUAAAGUACUUUGACACUGAUUGCCAAAACCUCUACUUUAAAGAUACAGGCGGGGGUCAUCAUGCUCUGAAGGGAUGAGAGACUUGCCAGAGGACACAUAGCUCAUAAGUACAAGAGCCAAGACUUGAUCCUCUGUUCCUCUGCUGCCUCCUGCUGGGUCUCUAGUGUAAGCAUGCUUGAAGAAGGAAAGGACUAUGUGUGCCCACAGAGGAAGCGUUUAUGGAGACUUGGGAGAGCUCCCAUUUUUCAGCUGAGCAGAUUUUUGAGAAUUUCUUCUUUAGGCCGAGACUUGUAUGGGCCCUGGGGACCUAGAGGUAAAUCCAGCAGAGAAGUUGCCACAAAAGACCUAACUCAAAACACCAAACGUGACACUGCCCAGUACUAAAGAUGAUUGGGGACAGUAUCUUUGAGCAAGGAGUCUUGCCUGCACGUUGGCUCUCUUGACUCCUAUCCAGAUCCAACAAGGCAGUUCAAGGGGACGUGGCAUAAGUGUGAACUUCUGAAACACAUUCGACUGGAGUCCUCAUGCUUGCUCCUCCAGUGAGAACCAGGUCCUAGAAAGGCUAACUAGGCUCCAUAUGACCCAGUAUUUCCUGGCCAUCUAGAUGGUUCCAUGGUUGAGACCUAGAGGUUUCUUUGGAAGGCUUGAUGCUCUGUCCUGAAUAGCCUUCAGAAAUGAGCCAUGGGAGCAUCAAAGGAUAAGUCUCAUGGUCACCAAUUCUGGCAUCAUAGUGUGCAGACAUGACAGGUCAAACAAGGCACAUCAAAUAUCUUGCCCUGCUCUGGCUGGAUCCAUCAUUAUUAUCCCAGGUGUGACUCAUUCAGUGAGCUCUGCCUCUCCAUCUUGUGUUAAUCACAUCACUGCUGAUUAUGUGGCCCCCAUACUUGUCAAACUUGGGACUCUAGAGAAGGGCAGCCAGGGUCGGAAUGGACAAAGGGGAACAAAUCAAUGAAGAAACUUAGCCAGGUUUCUACCCUAUUCCAUCUCCUAGAAAAAGCACUCAUGAAUUUGGUAUUAUGUGGUUCCAGAACUCAGUCUUUGACAUUCCCAGCAGGCCAACUCCAACAUUCCAUGGCCAGACUUGCCUGGGCCAGACUUGGGUCCCAUUCCCUCAGUUUCUCCAGCAGGUAUUUCUUAAUUAAGAAACUGUUGAUGCCAGUCAGAAAGCCAGCCAAGAACACAGGAGUUGAAACUGGUUGCCACAGAGCCAAAGAGGGACAUAACAGCACCUGCUUCACUGUGGCUGCUACGUCAGUAGUCCUUAGGUAUCCCUGGUGUGGCAGUGUGUCCCUUCAUCCAUUCCAGCCUGAGAACAGAUAAAGCAGCUUUACAGAUAGCAGCCCACAGGAAUCAAGCCAGUGAAAUCUGCUUUGGGCUAAACCCAGCAUCCUCUAUCCUUGACCCCAGCUCAGCCAUCCUCCACGUGCACAAAAAUCAAACUGAAGAGUAGGACUGGCCCAGAGACCUCAGGUCAGCCAGAUCGACUGGAUCUGUCUUGUGAACCAUGCUCUUUACAAGGUGAGGCAAGACUAGGCCUCCUGCACCUUGAAGUUGUCUUUAAUCUUUGAAGGCCCAGGGCCUGUCCCCUUCCUGUCUUGAAGGCAUCUGAUCCCUUUCAUAUCACAUGACAGAGAAGCUUGUUCUCAUGGCAUGUAACAUCCCUGCGAAGAGAGCGUUGUGUAUGAUUUUGUAUUUUUUAUUCAUUUUAACCUACAAGUUGGAAUCUAAUUUUUAAAUUUUAUUGGAACUCACAUUUUAAAAAUAAAAACAUUAAAAAUAAUAAUUAUUAUAAUAAUAAACCUUUGACCGGUGUCUUCCAAGUAGCUUGAUCAAAUAACUUAUAGGCGUGUUCAGAGCCUGGAGGUAAAAACUGGAAAGCCCUGUGACCACACUUGUGUGUGUGAAGUGUACAUCUGGCUUUGUUGACUUGGAUUCCUUUGAGUUUUGCUUUGUUUUGAAGAUCAGAUAGUGAUCAGUCUGAAAGGUUGAAGCCAAGAGUUUGUAACUAUAUGAUAUUUACUGUAAGCUGUAGAACACUCAACUAUUAAAAAAUGUUUCCAAAAAAAAAAAACCCCAACAUGUGGUUCUUGGGUGAAGGCCACACAGAUAGCCUUGGGCUAGUGAGCCCUGCACUUCUCUCCCAGACAACUCUCAGUUUUUUGGGGUUUGUUUUGCUUUAAGAUGUUCUUGUAUACAUCUGGAACCUCAGUGCUUUGGAGGCUAGGGUAGGAGUGCAACAUGAAGGCUUUGUCUCUAAGCCUGGGAAGAUGCUCAGUGGUUAGAACACUGUUACUCACAGAGGGCCAGUGCUUCACAACCAUCUGCAGCUCCUAUUCCAAAGGAUCCUGUGUGUUCUGGUCUCUGGGGCACCAGGCACACGUGGUGCACUUACACGCAAGCAUUCAUACACAAAAUUCCAUACAUGCAUGAGAGAGAGAUUCUGUGCUGUGUCUUCUUGGGACUAUGGGUCAGGCAGUGAAUGGGCACUGUGGAGUGUCAUUAGCACCUGGGCCAAUGUGGUAGAAACCAGGAGAAGCUGCUAAAGAACUGACAUGUAAUCAGGCUGGAGGAAGGGGAAAACUAAAAUCAAAACCCCGCUCUUUGUCGAGUGUCUUGUGGCUGCUGCUUGCCCCUUGCUUCUGCUUGUUGAUCUCUGAGGUCCUCACGCUCUGCGGCCAAGAGAAGCUCUGCUAUUUUCCCAUGUGGAGGAAAGAAGGGCCUUAACUAAGGGAAAGCUGAAAUUCAUACUUUGUCUAGUUUCAGAAUCCAUGUUCUGCCCAUCUCAGUGGAGGUGGUUUCUUUUCUCUCUCCUCUCUCUCUUUUUUAAUAUUUUCUGAGACAUUUUCUCUGUGUAGCUUGGAACCUGUCCUGGAACUCGCUCUCUAGACCAGGCUGGCCUCAAACUCAGAGAUCUGCCUGGGAUUAAAAAUGUGCCCCACCAACCAGCUAUGAGGUGGAUAGAGCCUUCUCUCAAGCAGUGAGACCACCAAGGGGGACCAUUAAAAUCCACAGGGCCUCAUACAAGCAGUCAUUAAGAACUCUUUUUUCCCUGCUGUACAUUUGAAUCUUCUGUCCCUCCCUGCUAAUGCUGCUCAAGCUUUGUCUUAAACUACUUCUCUAUUGUGAAGGCACCAUAACCAAGGGAACGUACAGAAGAUAACCAUCAUGGUGGGGAGUGUGGAACUGGAGCAGUAAGUAGUUUAUCCAAAAGUAGGAGGCAGGCAGAGAGAGACAGGAGCUACCUAGGAAUGGAAUGGGCUUUUGUAACCUCAGAGCCCACCCCCAGUGACCAUUUCCUCCAACAAGGCCAUACCUCCUAAUCCUUCUCAAACAAUGGCACCAAGUGGGGACCAAGCAUUCAAAUGAAUGAGCCUUAGGGGCCGUUCUCAUUCACAACACAACAGGGGUUCUUGAGCCAUCCAGCCAUCUUUCUUUCUCAGGGCCUGGUCUUGACAAUCCAUGUUCCACAGCUCAACGUGUUCAGUUGUAGAAAAAACUGGCCUAGGACUGGAGAGAUGGCUCAGCGGUUAAGAGCAUUGCCUGCUCUUCCAAAGGUCCUGAGUUCAAUUCCCAGCAACCACAUGGUGGCUCACAACCAUGUGUGAUGAGGUCUGGUGCCCUCUUCUGGUCUGCAGACAUACAGACAGAAUAUUGUAUACAUAAUUAAGAAAUAUUUUUUUUAGAAAGUGUGCCACAGACUACCAGGAAAGAUGUGUGUAUGUGUGUGU